UCGCGUUCAGUCAUAUCAUACCACAUCGGAUGGAGAACUCGUAUGAACAGUAAUUUCGUUGUCCUGUCAAACAUUUACACGUGCGAUUCAAGUGUGGUAUUGAUAUUACUUUCAUUUUUGGUCAAUAUUUGAACGGUUGGCGAUUUCGGGUGAAGUGAGUGAAAGUCAAAAAUGUGACGAAAAGAAUGUGAUCUGUUUGGUGUAAAAGUUUCUUUUUGGAUUUUUAUUUAGGAUUGUCAAUUUUGCUAAAAGUAAAGGUAUGAGUGAAUACGAACGUAUAAGAAGAGCCUGUUUAAAACGUGGAGAACUUUGGGAAGACCCUGAUUUUUCAGCUACGCAAUCCUCGGUAUUUUAUCAUCAAACACCGCCAUUUCAGUUUACUUGGAAGAGGCCAAGGGAAUUGUGCAACAGACCCAGCUUCAUACAAGAUGUACCUGCAAACUUCGAUAUUAGUCCUGGAAAAAUGGGUGACAGAUGGCUGGUAUCCUGCCUGGGAAUCCUUUACCUGAACAAAGGACUAUUCUACAGAGUGGUGCCGGCAGAUCAAUCAUUUUCAGGUGAUCAAUAUUGCGGCGUUUUUCGCUUCAGAUUAUGGUGGUGCGGAGAAUGGACCGAAGUUCUAGUCGACGACAGAUUACCAACUGUCCACGGGAAAUUAGCUUUCCUUCAAUCACAGACAUCGGAAAAUUUCUGGCCUGGUUUGCUAGAAAAGGCUUAUGCAAAGUUGCAUGGAUCUUACGAAGCUCUCAAAUAUGGCUCCCUUUUAGACGGACUGGCCGACCUUACGGGGGGAAUCACCGAAAGUAUCCCUUUACGUCAAGACGCCACGUCAUGCGCGCGACUUUUGUACAAACUCUUAGAUAUGACCUCGAUAGUAACGUGUACAGUUCAAUCCCCACAGCCCAAUAAUCAGAACAGAUCUCAGUCCAACGAAAAACUGUCCAAUGGAGCACAAACCGGAAUUAAUUAUAGGAUACAGACCAUAGAGAGGACAGAGACUUUCAACGGAGAUGGUAUACAAUUGCUAAAGUUGAAGAACCCGUUGGGACACUCGCCCUCUGAGUAUGCUGCGCAGGUGUUCGUGGAUUCUCCAGAAUGGUCAGAUAUAAGCCCUCAGGAACUGGACAGGAUAGAAGGUAAACUACAAGAAGGGGAAUUCUGGAUGCCAUUUUCGCAAUUCAUAAAAGCAUUCACUCACUUAGAAAUAGUACAUUUGGAUAGCGAUACAAGUAGAGACGAGCCAAGUUUGCACAACAGAAACACCUGGCAAAUGAGACUGUACCAAGGGGUCUGGCAAAAGGGAGUAUCGGCCGGAGGUUGCAGGAAUAACCCGGAUACUUUUCACAUCAAUCCGCAGCUUCAUCUGCUGCUAAACGAGAUGGAGGAAGUAAUAGUGUCGCUUAAUCAACAUAGUAUUAUGGAGCCUAAGGUUAUAGGCUUCACUUCGUACCUGUUAUCAAAAAGCACCAACGAAACCAUCAACAAGAAUUUUUUCAAGAAAAACAAAUCGCUGUUCAACUCCCAAUACACCAACAGCAGACAGAUCAGUCAUAGAUGUCAACUAGAACAAGGAGGCUACCUAAUUAUCCCCACCACGUUCGAACCUAGUCAAGAGUCUGGCUUCACGCUCAGAGUGUAUUCCAGCAAGCCUUUGAAAUUGAAGUUACUGGACACCGCGCCGCAGUUGUUGAAGUCUGCGAUCGUUAAAGCGCCCCCUUUGAUUGACGGAAAAAGUUUUAGCCAGUAUGAAGCGGUGUUCCUGCAACUGGCGGACGAACACAGGACCGUAAACGCUUUUGAGUUGCAGGAAUUGCUGGACGCUUGUUUGCCUAAUGAUUAUAUCAAGAGUUGCGCCUCUAUUGAAGUUUGUCGACAGAUUAUUUUGACGUUCGAGAUGUCUGGGACAGGUCGACUGAAAUUCACGGACUUCAAAGAUCUGAUGUGUAGCUUAAAAUUCUGGCAAACGGCGUUCAAGAAUCACACAAAAGAGAAAACGGGCAUUUUGAAAGCAGAACGUCUGAGAGAUGCUUUACAAGAAGUCGGUUUUCAAUUAAGCAGUGAUGUCUUAGCCACGCUCAUAUUGAGGUACAUGAGAAAAGAUGGAACUUUAAGAUUUGGAGACUUCGUUUCUGCCAUUUUACAUCUCACAGUUUCAUUUUGUGUUUUUGAAAGUAAAGAUCCCCUGCAGAAUGGCUGUAUAAAACUGAAUCUUGCAGAAUUUCUGAAAUCAUCGCUGACUUGUUGAAGAUAUUUUAUAUUUAUAAUUUUUGUACAUGUUCUUGUGAUUAGUUAAUUAUAAUUUUUAUACGUAUGUAAUAUUAAUUUUAUUAAAUAAAUUAUUUUAUGUUA